AUGCCUUUACAAUUAUUUGAGUCUACUUUGACUGCUGUUGCAGUAUCAUCACUUUAUUCAUUCUUAUAUAGACCUUCAACUUUUGAGAAAGAUACUAGAUACAGGAAAAAUUGGCUGAACCUGAUAGUUUCUGGUGUGGCUAGCGAUACGAAGAUCUUAUUCAAUACAGUGACGUUCCAAUAUAAGCCCAUAGCCAGACAUGUAGAGGAGAAAACUGGUGAAAUCCAGGAUGAAGCCAAAGACAAGAAGAGGGAAAUAUUGCAUUGGUGGAAUAAGAAGAUUCCAGAAGCUAAUAACAUAGACAAGGUAGCGGAGCAAAGUGUUUAUGGAUGGGGGGAGAAUGCGCAGGAAUUUGGCAGAGAACUCUCUCAUGAAAAGGAUCUAUUUAGGCCUGGAGAGCCAUCGAGACCACAACGAACAUUGGAUGAAAUAAAGAAGAUAAGAAAUAAAGGAUGGUUUUCAUUCGAUGGUCCUGAGCAGGAGGAAUCUAUUGCUAAGGGUACCGUACGUGGACUCGAAGGCUGGGGUGAAAAUGCUGCACAGUUUGCCAAUGACGAAUAUGAAGAUGUCAAAUGGCAGAUAUUGCAUUCAAGAAACAGAGCCAAAGAAAAUGUGGACAGUGCAUUAAAUAACUUGAACAAAUACAAAGACGAAAAAAAGGAGGAGGCCAGACACUGGUGGAAUUUUGGAUUGAGCAAGAAGGAUAAAGCCUAUGAGAAUGCAAGCAACGAGUAUCACGAUGCUAAGAGAAAUUUUGAAGAAUGGAACAACGAGGCCCAGAAAUCCUUCUGGCAUAACACCGACAAGACAGCCAGAAAGACACAGGAAGUCCUGGACUCAGCCCAUGGAGCUGUGAACGACAAACUGGGCCAACUCAGAGAUUACUCAAAGGAUAACAAGUAA